AUGUUCAGUGGCUCCUCGAGCCCACCCAAAGACAAAGUAGACACUCUCCCAGAGACCGGUCUUGACCCCAGCUCCUUGACCCUCCAGACCGACACUACCGGCACUCUCGGCAGCAGUCCGCGCGAGAAGAAGUUUUCUCAGUUCUCACCCCCGGGCGCUGGAUUUUUCCGGCGAUCGAGCGAAGACCAGGGCCCCGCCGGCGAGAAGAAGCGCAGAAGCAGUACUGUCACCAAAGCCGCCAACUUUUUCAGCAACGCGAAGAGCUCGUUGAGUGGAAACGGUCGUGACAACUCUCUGAGCACCAGUCCCUCGAUCUCGGAAAGCCCGCUCCACAAGCUUGGAAAGAUGGACCCGGCCCUCAGCGUCCCCCAGGGUUCGUUCAAUAACUCUGCUGGUGAAUCUGGACCGACCGCUCGGUCGUCAUUCCGCGUGGGUGUGACCGAGGACCGCAAUCGAAAAUGCCGCCGUACAAUGGAGGACACGCAUGCCUAUCUGUACAAUUUCUUGGGGACCCCCGCACCGGGCUCAUCGGGUACAAAUGGCGCACCCCUCAAGACGAGUGUGUCGCAAGCCUCACAGGAUUCCUCCAAUGUGAUAGAAACGGACAAUGGCUACUUUGCGAUCUUUGAUGGACACGCUGGAACAUUUGCCGCAGAGUGGUGUGGGAAGAAAUUACAUCUGAUUCUCGAGGAAGCCAUGCGCAGAAGCCCCAACACCCCUGUUCCGGAACUCCUGGAUCAGACAUUCACUAGCGUGGACCAACAGUUGGAGAAGCUUCCCGUAAAGAACUCUGGUUGCACAGCAGUCACUGCUGUUCUCAGAUGGGAAGACCGUGUACCCAGUUCGCAAUCAGCGACCGGAUCUUCUGCCAUCGCGCCCGCGGCGGCAGCAGCGACGAAAAAUGCCGCAGAAAACAAUGAUACCCCGACCCAAGAUACCCCGGGUGUUGUACUUCCCAAACUACAGGACAAGGCCAUUCGUUCACGAGUUCUGUACACAGCCAAUGUGGGCGAUGCUCGUAUCGUGUUAUGUCGGAAUGGGAAAGCCCUCCGCCUUUCAUAUGACCACAAGGGAAGCGACGAAAACGAGGGCAAAAGAAUCUCCAAUGCCGGAGGACUUAUCCUGAACAACCGUGUCAAUGGAGUUCUGGCCGUUACGCGUGCCCUGGGCGAUGCCUACUUGAAGGAUCUUGUGACUGGACACCCCUACACAACAGAGACGGUAAUCCAGCCAGAUGCCGAUGAGUUCAUCAUCUUGGCCUGCGAUGGCCUGUGGGACGUCUGCAGCGAUCAAGAAGCCGUCGAUCUGAUCCGCAACGAGCACGACGCUCAACAAGCCUCAAGGAUUCUGGUUGAUCACGCACUUGCACGAUUCAGUACAGACAAUCUCUCUAUCAUGGUCAUCCGACUUGAUUCCAAUCGCGUCAAAGAUGUUGUUACCAACAAUGCAGAUCUUAUAGGCGUGGAUGGCGAUAAUACACAAGCCCAAGGCAUGAGCGAAGCCGAUAGUAUUGUCGAAGGAGCACGGAAGUCCAUCGUCUCAGCCGGCCUAGCAGACAACCCCGAAGCGGCCCAGAAAGCUACCAACGACACACUGCAGAGAAUGGCCAGCGAAAGCCGUGAACAAGAGGCCGGGCCUGAAAUGUCUCUCAAUGAAAGUAACGACCUUCCCUCCGUGGAUAUCUUGAGCCCGAACAAGAGCUCCAAUAAUGCACCCGGCUCAACGAAGUGA